AUGGCUGUGGCGACUACAGGCGAUAAGCAGCUUGCCAGACGGAUCGCCAGAGCCACAGCAGAAGAAUUGACCUCUUGUGGGAUCAACUGGGUGCUUGGUCCAGUCUUGGAUGUCCUCACCAAUGCUCGCAAUCAGCCAUUAGGUGUGAGGUCUUAUGGAGAUGAUCCUGCGAUAGUCUCAGCGUUUGGCUAUGAAGCCAUCAAGGGCCUACAGGAGGGCGGUGUAGCUACCUGCGGGAAGCAUUUUCCUUCUUACGGCAACCUCGAGUUCUUAGGUGCACCUACUGACGUACCCACAAUCACGGAUUCUCUUGAGAACUUGUCACAGAACGCUUUGGUACCCUUUCGACACGCCAUUGCUGGCGGUAUCGACGCUAUCAUGGUUGGAGGCGUCGCAAUGUCCUCUGACCACAUCAACGUCAUGCAUGCUUGCUUAUCAGACCAGAUUUGUCGAGAUCUAUUGCGGACGGAGAUGAAGUUCGGAGGUAUAGUCGUGUCAGAAUGCUUAGAGAUGGAAGCCUUGAGCCGUAACAUUGGUAUUAGUGGUGGUACGGUCAUGGCUUUCAAAGCAGGUUGCGACAUCAUUCUCACAUGCCGGUCAAUGUCUGUCCAAGAAGAAGCAAUCAACGGAUUGACUGCAGGACUCGAAAAUGGCAUGAUCGAGAAAGACCGGGUACAAGAGUCUGUGGAACGGGUGCUGAGCCUGAAAGACAAAUAUACAUCGUGGGAGAAGGCCUUUUCGCCGCCAGGUCUGGACAAUCUCGACCGCCUUCGCUACACCAACAGCAGCCUUUCGUCAACGGCAUACACCAACACCGUCCGAGUUGUACGAGACCAAAAGAAGUAUCUGCCACUUGCAAACGUGAUGCGUCCUGAAGACGAACUCCUGCUUCUCACGCCUUUGGUGAAGCCACUGCCAGGUUCUGCUGCGUUCAAGCAAUCUACCGAGGAAAUUCUGGAAGGGCCAGUCUCUUUCAGAACAACACAGGUGACGGACGGCACGCUGAUGGCUGGAGAAAAAGUCUUCCAGAAGCUUGGUCAAGCACUAGCCAUUUACCGCGAGGGUAAAGUUCUGCACGCUUCAUACACAGCCAACGGUGUCCGACCACAGCAUGAGGCCUUGCUAGAACGUGCCAGUGCUGUUGUGGUUAUUACAGCCGAUGCAGGCAGGAACAAGUAUCAGGCUGCCUUUGCAAAGCAUAUUGCAAUGCUCUGUCGAAUUCAUAAGGACCUUCCUGGUCGAUCUAACGAGAAACCAUGUGUUGUGGCUGCUGUCAGCUCACCCUUCGACUUCGCUUCUGACAUGUCUAUAGGUACCUACAUAUGUACAUUCGAUUUUACUGAUACUGCAUUACAAACCCUUGUCAAAGUUCUACAUGACGAAUCGAGAUCAGCAGACACAAAGACUAGGAAUAGUACGAACCACAAAACACGCAAACAUAGUCAAGCACGUCAGCAGUGGCUUGUUGAGCACUAUCGCGAUGAUCGCGAUAGAGCUGCCUUAGACGCUCUCUUGUUGACCUCUGCGGCAGCCGCACCACCAGGAUCAAGCCUACUUAGGGUCGCUACGGCCGCUUCAUUCCUGCUUUCCAGUGAUGUUAUCGACGAGGCGCACUUUGUUGUCCGAAAUAGCUCGACGAAAGAAUUGAUCGGGUUUUGCGCAACAUACUACUCCCACCACGAUAGCGUGGGCUCGAUCGGUGCGAUAGUGGUUCAUCCAAGUCGACGUCAUCAAUCAGUUGGCCAUUCUUUGCACCAUCGUGCCAUCAGAGCAUUGCUGCAAAAGCCAGGACUUCAUCUGCUGGAGCUUGGCACAAGACUGCCGAAUCUAUUUCCUGGCUUGCCAAGUGACGAUCCAGAGGAGCAUCGUAAAUUGUCUCAAUGGUUUUCUAAGCUAGGUUGGACACCAUACCAGACAAAGACGGUGCUGCGGCUGGGUAUUCCAGAUCUGUCGCACUGGGAAGCACCUGAUGGCCUGGGCAAGAGUCUGGCUAUGCGCGAAAUUAAGUACGAUUUGGUACAUGGAACCGAAUACACCGACAGCAUUAUGGAGCACGUCAAGCUAAACGCUGGAGGAGUUGGCUCGACAGUCGUGAGUACGAAUGUGGAGGACAAGGCGUCGUUGUUACAAGGUCUGAUGUUGCUUGGUGUUCGCCAGUUGAAGAAGCAGGGCAUCAGUUCGCUUCUACUAGACUAUGUCGAUGACCCUUCCGCAUUGCCUGGACUCCAACGUAUGGGGUUCACCGUGCUCAAUACAUUCGAGACCAUACAAAACUUAGCCGAGGACUGGGAUACGUUCGAGAAGACGUGA